AAAUCCCAUGAUCACUUUUUGUCCUAUUAUUUUUUCCUUCUCAAUUGUAUUUAUAGAUAUAUAUAUUUCUGUUCCAUGCAAUAAUAAGAGAAGGUUUCAUUCUAAAGCAUUUGGUGAUGGAGAAAAGCAAGUCAUUCCCUGAAUACUCAUGCUCUUACUCUGAGUUUGGAUUCAGAGAAAGAUCCAACUCAUAUAGUUUCAAUGGUCCAACUGAGAAAGGAGGUGGAUUUUCUGCAGCAAGUGAUCCUGAGCUUAAGAGGAAGAAGAGGAUCAAGGCCUAUAAUGUGUUGACAUCAGAGGGGAAGCUCAAAACCAGUUUCAGAAACAGCUUCAAGUGGAUCAAGAACAAGUUCAGUGAUAUCCGCUAUGGUGUGUGAUUGUGUGAACCAUUAGAAUUGCCUACAAGAAAAGGUAAGAAUAUUUAAGGGAAACAAAAAGUGUUUUCAGAUCAUCAUCAAAAGUGUUUUCUUGGUUUGUAAGAGUAAGAGAAAACAAGCAAUCUAGCAUGCUUUGUAUGAAACAAUCAAGAGUUCAAAAUGUAUGUAUGUUCAUAGGAACUAUGAUUAGUAAUAGUAAUAUAGACUUCUAUUGUUGUCCUUAUCUUUAGUUAUUCUCUUUUGGUACUCUAAUUCUUUUGCCAAAAAGACCUGAGAUAUAGUAGAAAGGAUUUAUAUAUAUAUAUAUAUAGCUGAUAAAGUAACUAAAAACAUUCAUGUAAAGCCUCUUUGCACUUGUAAUUCACUUUUACUUGAGAGUUAAGACAACCAUUUUUCA